AGAGAGAGAGAGAGAGAAGAAGAAAAAUGAAUGAGGGCAGAGAAGAUCAAAUAUGGUGCUAUUUUCACCCAAGAGAGAUUGUCAUAGGAAUAUGUGCCUCCUGCUUGAAAGAAAGGCUCUUAGUCUUGGCUUCAAAGCAAAAACAACAUCAUCAUCAUCAUGUGCACCAUAUUCAUACACCCAAGAGAGCACAUCCAAAGAUUUUUGCUCUUAGUAGCUUGAUUGAUCCUUUGGAUGUUAUGCACCACAAAAAAUCAGAUGAUCAUGCUUUGGAUGACUAUAGUUCUUCAACUAGUCAUGAAGACUCCUUUAUAUCAAUCAGAUUUGAAGACAAUCAAGUUGCCUCAUGGGACAAAGGCAAAACUUCCAAACUCCCAAAUGAGAACAACCAAAUCAGACAUCCUCAGCAAAAUGACCAUAACACCCUUAACAAGGCACACAAGAUCAAGAGUGUAGUGGAGCACAGGAAAACACGCACCACGCUGAGGUGGCGGAAGCCGAUUGGCCACCUGCUCCAGCUCAUUAGGUGGAGAAGGAAAGACUUUUCUCAUGCCUGCAUGAAAAUCGAUGUCUCCAUGAUAAUCCAAUCGGCGGCUAAAAACGACGUCGGUUGCCGGCAAAGAACAGGGAAUUCAGUGACAGCAAGAUUUUCCAAGCUCGACAACUGUGAUGGUUGCUCUUCGAUGGGGUUAAGCAGCGAGUUCGAAGAUUCAUGGCAGCGAUUAUAG